AAGGGAAAAAAUUUUAAGAAGCUGAAAUAAAAGCAAAAUAGGAUGGGAAUAUGAAAACAACAUUUCUGAGCCCUGCUGAGUUCCAACAGCAACACAAAACUAUUCCGUUUAUAUAUUUAGCUAAAUAAAUCCUGGCAUCAUCACUAGUAUGUUUCCUCUCAUUGUAGGGGUUUCUUCUGACUUGUGUUGGGACAAAUAUAAAACGAAUGAGAAUGAGGGACAGAUGUCAGCUCUGUAAGUGCUAGUGGGAACUGGAAACUCCCUUCACCAGCUGCUUUCAGAGUGUUCAAAUCUGACCAAGACCAUUUAUCUGGAGCAGGAGUGCUGACGGAGACCAGCUGAUGGACCCCAUCUUCAACCUGCAGUUCCUCGUGGCCAUCCCAAAGCUGGAAUCUGAAAUAGCAGGAUUAAUCCAUCCCAGCGCUGCUCUUCAGGGAGCCUUGGUCGCCAGGGUCCCAUGCCUUUGUCACUUCUCCUCAGCCCUCACCUGAGCACCAUCACUCUCGCUGCAGCAGCCACUGACCUCAGCAAGGCACUGCUGGCUGAUUUUGCGUUGAGGAGAGGAAAACGCUCCCCACGCCUGCACCCAUCCCUCUGGAGAUGCACAGCUGAGCCCACAAACUCACCAGCACCAGCUAUGGAGCUGCCCUUCUCCUCUCAGACAGGGAUUGCUGCUACUCGUCGCUUGUCCUUUCCCCCCUUCUCUCUCCCUCCUGGCUUUUGCAUUUCCUCCACCGUGAUCCAUUAGGUAUUUACCGGCAGGAUAAUGUGACUUUUCACACCGGUUCUCUGUGUGCGCUGCCCGGCAGACUGGGCUGGAUAAAGCCUCUCCCCAAGCCCAGCUGGCUGGACAUCUCCCCCCCACCUUCCCCUCCCCUUCACACUAGCCAAGCCAAGGAUUCCUCUCUCCCUCCCUCUUUCUUUUUCCACCCCUCCCGCCUUCAGAGCAAGCCCAAGACGCAGGAUCCUGCCGAGGGAAAGUGCUCCUUGAAAUCAUCACCGCAGACCCCGCUACGAAAGUGCAGAGGAGGAGAGAGAAAAAGCCUCGGCAGCCAACCUCCUGCAGCUGAAGGCUUUGGAAGCAGGGCAAUGGCUCCAGGCUCUCAGAGAUUCUCUCUCACCUUUCUCCAGGGUGUGGGAUCUGUCUUCUUCUUCUUCCUUCAGAUCAUCUCUGUUCAGGCUGAUGGGAAAGUGUUUGCACUUGAGUCCAAGAACAACUCUCAGGGUCUGGAUUUAGCCGAAGCUGAGAAAGCUUGUGUUGACCUGAGUGCUCGCUUAGCAACUGCAGAAGAACUGAAAAGGGCUGUUCUGGACUGUUCUUUUGCUGGCUGCACCACAGGAUGGCUCGCCAGCGGCUCUGCUGGGACAAUUAUAUGCAGAAAGACGGGCAGCAAACAGCAGAGCGUGAAAGCCAUUGAUGUUAAAAUUGAAACCGAUCCCUUUGUGAAUGACCAAUAUGAUGCUUUUUGUGUAAAGGAUGAAGACAAGCCCUGUGGGGACCCACCAUCCUUCCCCCACACCAUCCUGCACGGCCACACUGGCUUUGAAAUGGGGGACGAGCUGCUGUACGUCUGUGCCCAGGGCUAUGUCAUGGGCAACAAGGAGAAGGCGUUCACGCUGCUCUGCGACAGCUGCGGGGAGUGGUACGGCCAUGUCCAGGCCUGCGUCAAAGAUGAAACCGAGGCACACAUUGACUAUGAAGAUAACUUUCCCGAUGACAGAUCAAUACCUGUUGCUGAGAAUGACCGACACAAUGGCAAAGAGGAAAUUGAGCAGGAGCAAAUACAGCUUUCCUUCAGUAAAACUUCAGAGGAAGGAAGAACUGGAAGUACCAAUGGGGUUACUCAGCACACAGACAUUUCUGAAAAAGGAAGCAGGGCACCAACCGAGUCCCCUGUGUCACUCCUCAGCCAAAAAAACUUGUUUUGGUUUCCAUCAGAAACUUUCAGUGAGCCCGAACCAGAGAAAGAGACAGAUGAUUCCACUAAAGCACAGUUUUCUGAAGGUGAUAACCACAUUGGUGUGAAGACAGUCUAUGAUGAACCUGGUGCCAAAAUGUUUUAUGACAGCGAGGAUUUCCCCAUUGGACCCAUUCUCACAACUAAUGAUACAAAGACAGCAAUGGAUGCAGUUGCCAUCACUGACGAGUCGUGGUUAGAUGGAUAUCCAGUAACACAAGAGGUGGUAGAGGAGGAUGAAGAGGGUGAUAAAGUUGAUGGUUCGAUGGGAACAGAAGAUGACAUCAUCCUCACAACUGACCAGCCAAAUCAUGUGGAAGUAAGAAAAUCGGGAAAUGGCAGCCCAGCUCCAGAGGAAGGUCUAACAGGGAUCGUGGCAGCAACAACAGCGGUAGAUGAUGAACGGGCUGAAGAGACAGCGGUGCCACUUACAUCAGUGAGUGGGCUGGAGGACUUCAGUGUCAGCAGGGGUUAUGAUGAUGCGGCGUGGGAACAUCCGGCUACAUCUCCGGAAACUGUGACUCAGGAGCCCACUACAACGAUGCUGUUUGACAUCAGCAGCUUAAAAACGUCCAUGUCAGAAACCUCUGUGACCGUCAGCCCCUCCGAUCACACUCCAUACACAGAACCAAGGGACACAGCCACCUACCCAGAACAAGUAGCAACCACUGCACUGGCUCCAGACAUCAUUAUUGACACAACGUCCCAGGAAUUAGCUGAGCAAGAAAAUCUCACCCAGGGCCUUGGAGAAAAGCCCGUCCCCACUUCUGAGCCAUGUGAGGGAGAGGAUUGUCCCAAGUCCAGUAAAGGUGCUAUCAUAGCAGUAAUAGUGAUUCUUCUCUGCUUGUUACUGGGUGCAGCUGUUCUGGCAGUGUGGUUUUUCAAAAAAAGGCAGCAGAAAAAUUCUGUUUAUAAACUAAACGGAAGGUGUCAGCCCAGACAUCACUGUUACCACCACUACCACCACCAGCACAUUGAAAUGCAGAAAGUCUAACCAGGGGCCUUUUGGCAGAGAUCAGAAGAAAAAACAUAUUGAUGCUAGAAGAAUCACUUGACUCAUGGAUGCUAAAAUCCAGCAGUGCAGAAAGCAGAAGAAAAAAAAUGCUAGAAGAACAUAGAAGACAGAAAAGAUUUCAUCCUUUUGAAAUUGCAGUCUAGCAUACUUGACUUUUCAGAGCUAAAGAAUCUGUACAUUUUUAUCACAAGGGUCUUUUGGAGACACCAGCAGGACACAGUGUGCUCAGUAGUACAUCUUCCAUUUGUUCCGCUUUUACAUUUUGCUCCUAUUAAUAAUAAAUUAAUUGAUUAAUUUCUGUGUUACCUGGUUAUAAUGUAAUGGUAGGACUGGUCAGGCCUCUUUGGUGUGUUCUCAGUGGAAGAGGAAAAGAAGGAGGGAAGAAUGGAAAAAGGAUUUUUUGGAGCAACCACACACUUGGUGUUUGUUCUUUUUUUAGAACCUGCCCAAGCUGGUCAGGAUGAACCACCAUAACAAAUUAUUACCUGAUGUGUCUUAAAAAGAAAAACUAUUUUCUACCAGACUUUAAUGGAUAGUAUUGCAAUGAUUACUAAGGUCAUUUUCUUCAAUGUUGUGAAUUUAACAAGCCACAAAUGUUGGAUCGUUACGCUACUUUUCUGGAAGGUGUUCUUUUAGCCUUAGUGAAGAAAUGCCAUUCUUAUAACUAAUCUUCCUGUAGAAAUGAUGAUGUUUCCCUGGAAUUCAGAGAAUACUGUAAGUGCCAUUCUUCCUUGAGCACGAGGAGGAGAGGAGUCAGAGCACCUUUGAAUGCAGGUGUUAUGAUGAGUAGCCUCUCAUCACAGAGCCAAACACCGAUAAAGCACUUUCCAGGGGAACCCUGUAUAAAAUCGGCUGCUUUCUGAACACGAUGUUGACUGACCAAGAUACUGAACUUUAAUUCACAGCCAGUAGUACCUCUGGCAACUGAAGCCAUGUGUAAUACUUGUGGAAGGACUGAUUUUUCACCAUUCUGCUCUUGCAUUGGCUGGAGGGGUGGACAUUGGCUCUGGGAGAUGGGAACCCCUUUACACACUGCUUAUUGUGGUUUGAAAGGUAAAGCAGACCUGGGAAAGAAAUAUGUUGCAUCUAGUUGAUAAAAUGCAUUCAGCUUUUAGACUGGGUGUUGGUGUAAAAGCACUUAGGCUUUUCCAACAGCACAUUCCAUCUCCAACAGUUCUGAAAAUAAACACAAAGAGACGGGAACACGUUUUCUAGGAUCCCUUAGCAUGGUUCCUGUGAGUUUAGUAUGAGGUCCUCCUUACAUUUCUGAAUGAACAAGAGGAAGUCUGGCAACUGUGAAUAAUCUGCAGGUCAGAAAUAAAUUCAUCUGCCAUUCAGCCUUAGUCAAAGAGCAAGAAAAGGUGCCUGGGUGGAGUUCAUUCCAUGCUCUGGCUCGAGUCACAGUGGUAAUCACCUCUAACUCCAUGGAAGGUAGGCUUUAUGAAAUGGAGUGCAGAACUGGGCCCAUCUUAUAUGCAGCCAUCAAUCUCAGGGCUGGUAAGCAAAAAAAAAAGCAUUUUUAGACAAUGGCUAUGGGUUAUCUUGGAGAGUUUGACCUCAGAGGGGUAAGAGUUGAAUCUUGUUGCCUGGCAAGAGCCACAGUAAAUAAAAAUGACAGAAACUGUACAGAUUUGUAAAUAUGUCUCUGACAUAUGCAUGACUUUAUGCUUUUAAUGCAUUCUACACUAUGAAAUGACUCAAAAUUUCUGUUGUAAACUAUUUUUUUAAAGCAGUUAAAAAAAGAAAAAAACCCAACAAUGGAUUUCACAACAAGCAACUUUAUGGAGACUGUUAACUCAACUAAAACCUAUCAUCUGUAAUCCCAUGGAAAUAUGCUGAAAAAUGAACACAGGAACAUCCAUUAAAAAUAUUGCUUAACUGAUAGGUACAAGUAGGUGUUACAGUUCCAUGUAGCAUCAUUCUAAAUGAAAAGUCAAUUCUAUUUGUCCCAGGAACUGAAUGUGUAAAAAUGAGACUCAAAAUAUAAUUACAAACACAAAUUGUACAAGGAUCUUAUUGGAGACUUAGAAACACUUGUUAUUCACGAACCAGAAGAAAGUGUACAUUAACAUAAUGCUUUGGAGGUAUUUAAAUAAAACUUGAGUUACAAAAACACGAGGAAAGGAAGUGUGUGUGCAUGUGUUUUUGUGCAAAUCAUCCAGUUUGCCCACAGGUUUAUGGAGAAAAGACAAGCCUGUUACUUUCACAUUUCUUGUAGAAGACACUUUGAUAUUAAAAAUAUUACCUAAAAAGUGUUUAGCUUAGACUGACAGCCCAGUUCUGAUUUAGAGCAUCUACCCUCCUCUGCAGCAUCAUCUGUUUGUAUUCACAGUAUUCACUUUACCAGGGAGUUUGGGAAAACUAAUAAACAGAUGGGGAUAAGCAUCUCUUCAAUUAUACAUUUGACUUAGACUUCCUUCUGUGUGUGAAACUUGGCUAAUCACAGAUAAUGGGAAUGGCAAACAAUAUACACACUAUACGAUGAAUACAAAGUCUUAACAUGAUAAGGUCAAAAUAGAGUAGGAGAUAAAUUAAUUAGAAAUCAAAGCUGAAACUGCCAGCUGCAUGUCGAAAUUAGGAGAAGAACAAAAUAGGGGGAAUACCAGAAGUAUUUUUGUGAUGUGACAUCUGGCCAUUGAUCUGUUACUCUGUGAUAAAAGUUACAUAUCAUUCUCUUCUAGGGAAACCACAUGUUACAACAGGCUGGUCAGAAUUUUCCCACUGGGGUCAAGAUUGGGAUAUCAUCUCCCUUUCCUCUCCUUUCCUUUGUUAACCCAUUAACUUGGCCCCCAUUUCAUACAGACCCUGUGCUACAG